GCGGCUGGCGCCGUGCGGUCCGCUCCGGCGCAGGGACUCACCGGUGGGCGGCCGGCCGCUGGGACAGAGCUGACCCUGGGAGGGCGAGCCGGGAGCCGAAGCCGGACCUGAGCGUGCUGAGCUGGGCUCUAGCGGCCGCCAGACUCCGGAGCGGCGCCCUCCCGCCGGCGCCGGAGCCGGGCGUGGGGGGUGCAGCAUGCCGGCGCGCGCCGCCUGAGGACGCCGCGGCCCCCGCUCCGGAGCCAUGGUAGUCCUGGCCUGCGUGUUAGCGUUCUGCGUGGCGGCCGUGGCCGGAGCUACCUCCGAGCCUCCCGGCCCGGGACAGCGAGUUGUGCGGAGAGCAGCAGAGGUUCCAGGGCCUGAACCUAGCCAGCAGGAGCAGGUGGCCUUUGGCAGUGGGGACACCGUGGAGCUGAGCUGCUAUCCACCUGGAGGUACCCCCACAGGCCCCACUGUCUGGGCUAAGGAUGGCGCCGUGCUGGUGGCCUCCCGCCGCAUCGUGGUGGGGCCGCAGAGGCUGCAGGUGCUGAACGCCUCCCACGAGGAUGCAGGGCUCUAUAGCUACCAGCAGCGGCUCACUCAGCGUGUGCUGUGCCACUUCAGUGUGCGUGUGACAGAUGCUCCGUCCUCAGGAGAUGAUGAAGAUGGGGAGGACGUGGCUGAGGACACAGGGGCCCCUUACUGGACCCGACCGGAGCGAAUGGAUAAAAAACUGCUGGCUGUGCCAGCUGCGAACACUGUACGCUUCCGCUGCCCAGCUGCUGGCAAUCCUACCCCCUCCAUCUCCUGGCUGAAGAAUGGCAAAGAAUUCCGAGGGGAACAUCGCAUAGGGGGCAUCAAGCUUCGGCAUCAGCAGUGGAGCCUGGUCAUGGAGAGUGUGGUGCCCUCUGAUCGUGGCAACUAUACGUGCGUGGUAGAGAACAAGUUUGGCAGCAUCCGGCAGACAUACACCCUGGACGUGCUGGAGCGCUCCCCACACCGGCCCAUCCUGCAGGCUGGGCUGCCGGCCAACCAGACAGCCGUUCUGGGCAGCGACGUGGAGUUCCACUGCAAGGUGUAUAGCGAUGCGCAGCCGCACAUCCAGUGGCUGAAGCACGUGGAGGUGAAUGGCAGCAAGGUGGGCCCUGACGGCACGCCCUACGUCACUGUCCUCAAGUCCUGGAUCAGUGAGAAUGUGGAGGCAGACGCACGCCUCCGCCUGGCCAAUGUGUCGGAGCGGGACGGGGGCGAGUACCUCUGUCGAGCCACCAAUUUCAUAGGCGUGGCUGAGAAGGCCUUUUGGCUGCGUGUUCACGGGCCCCAAGCAGCUGAGGAGGAGCUGAUGGAGGUUGGCGAGGCUGGCAGCGUGUAUGCAGGCAUCCUCAGCUACGUGGUGGGCUUCUUCCUCUUCAUCCUGGUGGCGGCAGCGGUGGCGCUCUGCUGCCUGCGUAGUCCCCCAAAGAAGGGCCUGGGCUCGCCCACCGUGCACAAGGUCUCUCGCUUCCCGCUCAAGCGACAGCAGGUGUCCUUGGAGUCCAACUCCUCUAUGAACUCCAACACACCCCUCGUGCGGAUCGCCCGGCUGUCCUCAGGAGAAGGUCCUGUUCUGGCCAACGUUUCUGAACUUGAGCUGCCUGCCGACCCCAAGUGGGAGCUCUCCAGGACCCGGCUGACUCUUGGUAAGCCUCUUGGAGAAGGCUGCUUUGGCCAGGUUGUCAUGGCAGAAGCUAUUGGCAUUGACAAGGACCGCACUGCCAAGCCUGUCACCGUGGCUGUGAAGAUGCUGAAAGAUGAUGCCACUGACAAGGACCUGUCGGACCUGGUGUCUGAGAUGGAGAUGAUGAAGAUGAUUGGCAAGCACAAGAACAUCAUCAACCUGCUGGGGGCCUGCACGCAGGGCGGGCCCCUGUAUGUGCUGGUGGAGUAUGCAGCUAAGGGCAACCUACGAGAAUUCCUGCGGGCACGGCGGCCCCCAGGCAUGGACUACUCCUUUGAUGCCUGCAGGCUGCCAGAAGAGCAGCUAACCUGCAAGGACCUAGUGUCCUGUGCCUACCAGGUGGCACGAGGCAUGGAGUACCUGGCUUCUCAGAAGUGUAUUCACAGAGACUUGGCUGCCCGAAAUGUGCUGGUGACAGAGGACAAUGUGAUGAAGAUUGCAGACUUCGGCCUGGCCCGCGAUGUGCACAACCUGGACUACUACAAGAAGACCACGAAUGGUCGGCUACCUGUGAAGUGGAUGGCACCGGAGGCCCUGUUUGACCGAGUCUACACCCACCAGAGUGAUGUCUGGUCUUUUGGGGUGCUUCUCUGGGAGAUCUUCACGCUGGGGGGCUCACCGUACCCUGGCAUCCCAGUGGAAGAGCUUUUCAAGCUAUUGAAAGAGGGCCACCGCAUGGACAAGCCUGCCAACUGCACACACGACCUGUACAUGAUCAUGCGGGAAUGUUGGCAUGCAGUGCCUUCACAGAGGCCCACCUUCAAGCAGUUGGUAGAAGACUUAGACCGCAUCCUCACUGUGACGUCGACUGACGAGUACCUGGACCUGUCAGUGCCUUUUGAGCAGUACUCGCCAGGCGGCCAGGAUACUCCUAGCUCCAGCUCCUCGGGGGAUGAUUCUGUGUUCACCCAUGAUCUGCUACCCUCAGGCCCACCCAGUAAUGGGGGACCUCGGACGUGAAGGACCAACAGACCCACAGACCAAGCCCCAGGCAAUGUUUACGCGGACCCUAGCCCGCCCUGCUACUGCUGGUGUACAGUGGACCCCAGCCAGCCCAGCGCAAUGGGCCCAAAAUAGACAGGACUUGUGUGUGUGUAUCCUUGGCUCCUGAGGGCAGAGGCCCUUUGGGAACAACAUGCACCGCUAAACAGUGAUGACAGGACUGGUCAGGGCCAGGAGCACCAAGCGUAGAAUGUAAGAGGGCCUACCCUGUGAAACCUUGGAGUCCUGGCUCCCUCACUCCCCACUGCCACCUUGCAGGAACCAUCGCAGAGAGGGUUAGACUCCAUGGCCAGGGAGGGCCUGGGCCUUGCUGGUGCCCCAAACUGAGCCUGCAGGGAAGCUCUGCCCUAUGUGGCGGGCCUCUCUCCUACCUGGCACCUUGUGCCUGGGGGCGGGUCACAGAUCUCCACCUCCAGGCCUUCUGCUUCCCACCCUGCCCCUCAGACUGAAAUUACGGGUACCUGAAGGUGGGAGCCAUAACUUCUAUCAGAAAGGUUUAUUCCAGAGGCAAAUGUACAUUUCUAUAAAUAGAUGUUGUGUAUGAUAUAUUUACAUACGUAUAUAUAAGAAUAUCUAUAUGGAGGAAGGCAAAGCUGAGGCCCAGGGGAGCAAGGUACCCCAUGGGGCUCACCGGCAAAAUGGCAAGAGCAAGCCGAGAAGCAUUAGGGGCUUUUCUGGCACUGCAGUUUUGUUUGUACCUGGACCUGUAUAUUUGUAAAGCUAUUUAUCAUCCCUCAGCCCUGCCCCCACCCCAGGUUCACAGCCUUUAGCCCCGGGUAUUGCAGAGAUUUAAGUUGUAACUUAUUAACAGCUGAGGAUGUUUAUGCUGAAUUUAGGGUUGCUGAGAAUGUGCAUGUGGCCCACAGCAAGGCUGGAGGUGGCCCUUCGAGGCUCGAGUGGCCCUCAUAGUUAGAGGUGGCCCUGUCGAGCAGUUUUCAUUGCUUUUGGCCCUCUUUUGUGGGGGCUAGGUUUAUAGAGGAACUUGUCUUGAGGAGAUUUUUGUUUUUAAUUGCGAGGUGAGCUGGUGUUUUUCAUACAGAUUAUUCUAAUUGCUAUGUAUUCCAGGCAGGAGCCUGCGCCCAGGCAGUGGCGGCCCUGCGUGGAGGUUCAGAUGUUAACAGGUGUUACAGGUUUAUCUAUCUAUAAUUUAUUGAGUCUUCACAAGUUGUUUUGCUUUAGGCUUAACACUUCCUAUGCAGAACUUCUAGACUUUUAGAGCCUAGACUGCUACUUUUCAAAGCUUGGGAGAAAGAGUGCUGAAUGCAAUAUUGUUACUUUUUGUACUGUUACUGGGCUGUAGGCUUUGGUGGCUAUCAACCAUCAGCCUAUUAGCCAUCAGGGCCAGGACAGUGGCUCAGGGUGACUUUUCUUGGGGCCCAGCACAUGGUUUGUCAGCCCACACUGGCAGAUGGGGUUUUGUUAAUGCAGCCAACUUUCCAAAAAAUAAAGAUAACUCCUUCUGAUUUUCA